GGUGCCGGGCCCACCCCAGCCACACGUGAGGCGGCCGCUUGCGCGGUAAGCUUGAGCCUCUCGCGCUCCCGUCCGGGCGCCGCUGGUCCGCGGAGCGCCGCCGGCCGCCGCUGCGGCUCUUCCUCCGCUGCUGCCAUGUCAGCCCUGGCCAAAGCCUCCGGCGCACUCAAAUCCGUGGAUUACGAAGUGUUCGGGCGGGUGCAAGGUGUUUGCUUCAGGAUGUACACAGAGCAGGAAGCCAAGAAAUUAGGAGUGGUUGGCUGGGUUAAGAAUACUAGCCAAGGAACGGUGACAGGCCAAGUUCAGGGCCCGGAAGAGAAAGUGAAUGAAAUGAAAUCCUGGCUGAGCAGAGUUGGAAGCCCAAGUUCCCGCAUCGAUAAAACAAAUUUUUCCAAUGAAAAGGAGAUUUCCAAGCUUGACUUCUCGGAUUUCAACACUAGAUACUAAAAGGAGGGAACCUCACUAAGCACAAAACUCUGACAUUUCUGCUGCAUGAUACUUUCUGUGCCUCCGUCAAAUGUCACAAGAGCAUUGGGAUGCUUUUCUGUACUAGGGAUAAACAUAAAUGCUCCCUGUUCCCACCAAGUAAGAAUUCCUGGUUACUGUGUUAGACGUCUACACCAUGAGUGUCAACAUUUUGUGUCUAAAAUGCCAAUAUCUAAUUCAUUGCAGCUUUGAAAGACAGAUAAAAGCUUAGAGGCACUGGUGGUUAUUUGUGCACAAUGAGACUUGUUACAUACAACAGAUGGUACCUAAUCUUUACACUGUGAGUCAUAUUUUAGAUGAAAAACAAUAAUAAAUAUAUGUUCUACUGCUUGUAAUCUCACCAAAAAUACAUAACUACAGAACUGGAACACUUGAGAGUUCUGUGUAACAAGUCUGUUAUAGACCAGGCUCUUUGUGAUAAUUAAUAACAUUAUAGUGGUAAUUUAAAAUAAAUACAUUGUUUCAAACGAGGAUUAUCUAACCAGCUCUGGUUUUAUAUUCUCUGUAAUAAUUCAGAUAAAUCUUGUUCCAAGGUGAUGAAAUGUGUGGCCUCUCACCCUGUUUUUUCCUUGUCUACCUGUAGCUUACAUCCAUGCUGACUAUAAAGCAUGUUUUAAUCUCUUUGCUUUUUUAAUGUUCUUUCUCAAAUUGAAGAUUUCAGUGAUUUUUCUUAUGGAUGUGUAUUUGCUCCUGAGUUAAGACUGAGUGGUGGAACCCACAUCCAUCAUCUGAAGUCCAUCCUGAGCCAUGGGCUUGCAAUAAAUUCUCAAAGUCUGAUCUAUUGUGGACCCAGAACUAUCUCCACAGGCACCCUGGAGUCAGUCAGGACUGGAUCAGACCUAGAUCCUCACUCCUGCAGUGCUUGUGGGUCAGGAUUAGAAUAUUCCAGGAGACUUUGUGAGGAUGCUAAAGCUGGUGUUCCCACUGGCUGCCCUGUCCCCGUUCCUGGGGUAGGUGGUGUCAGUUUAGGCAGCUGCACCACAUCUACAGCUUAUGGUUUGAAUUUCAGGAAGGACAUUUCCUAACUUAAGCACUGCACUUCUAUAUCAGUGCAAGAUGUGCCUAGAAAGGUAUUUCUGCUCACCACGAAAUUGAUUUUAUUUGGGCUUUUGCAUUAAGCAAUAAAAUCUCCUUUCUAGAAUUUGCAGGAGCUGCUUAUGAAUUGUUUUGUGAUUAUACACAAGCCCCCAUUGUUGAAGUUGCGGUCAAUAGCUCUUGUUCAGCUGAUGGUAAAUGUCAAAGUUCAAGUGUAGCAGGAGCUCAGUAACUGUUCCAUCCUCUCAGAAAACUGUAUCCUGCCUAACAAGUAGUUUACAUUUUCCUUGGAGCUACCUGGCAGAAAAUACCCUCUUAGUCAAAGAUUUUUCCAGCUAUGUGCUUUGUUCAUAUUUUGAGGAACAAGGAGAGAGGAAGGCAAAAAACAAAAGGGUCAUUGGAUACAGAGGAAGAGCAGCCAAAAAUUGUUUUAAUGUGUUCCAGAAGUGGAGCUGGGUGCUAUUGAGGACCUGGGAAUUUUACCGCAACUCUCCUAGAAACGCAAGAUUUGAGAAGAGGGAAGCAGCUGUUUAAAGUGCUCACUUUUUGGGGGGAGGAAACGAGAAGAGAGAGCGUUUUUCUGUGCUGCAAGUAAUGUGUUGGUGUGUUCCUGAAGCUUAUGGAGCCUUGGCUGGCACUGUGGGCAUUAAUCUUCUCGUUUUAUUUAAUCUUUAGAUUCUGGUAAAGUGUCCUGAGUCCAAAGCCAUCCCAUUUGGAAGUACAGUAUGUGCAGAACAGCAGAGCAGUGUCUCUAGAUUUAAUGAGAACAUCAUUGGUUUUGAGGAGCCAAAGAAUCCCAGUGGUAAGAUAGAAAAAAAAAAAAAGCAA